AUGAGGAAUAGAUAUUUAUAUUAAUUAACCCCAACUAGAUCACGUAGGAAAGAUUCAAUUGAGUCUGAUUUCUCAUCCUAUACAGGAUAAGCUACAAACACCAGUUAAAUCAACUAGAAGGACAGACCUAAAUAUUUUGAGGAAAUCGAUAAUCAAAAUGCUCCUUUCAGUCACAAUACUAUUAUUUCCUAACAGAUUUAAUAUAGAUGUAUGAAUGGGGACUAUAUUUAAUUAUGUAAUGAACAUUUUGAAAUGAAAAACAAAACCAUUUUAGCAAACGAAAUUAACAAUCAAAGUUAAAUUUCUAUUUUCCUAAAUAUCAAGUUAGAUUAAUCAGAAGAUUUAUUAGGAGUAUGGAUCUCUAAAGAUAUUGCCUAAACUUAUAAUUCUGAUGUACUACUACUCGAAUGCUAUAUAACUGGUGAUAUCAAUUAAUAAAAUAUUAAACUAAUUAAUUAUUCCAUAUUAUUAGCUGAUGAAUUGUUCAUUACUUGUCAAACUAUCCAAUAAUUUAAUACUUUCCUUACACUAUUCAAAUAAGUUGGUUCAAGACUUUAAUCUCUCAACAUAGUAGAGAUAGAAUAAGAUGAAUUAGAUAUUCAAUAGAUCAACGAAUUGAAAACAAUUUGUGAUUUUGUAUCAUACUCUAAAAAAUUCCCCUCAAAUUUGAUAGAUCUUCAAUGGUAAUAUUAUGAUUACAAGCAAGUCAAUUCUCGCCUUAUUCCUCUGAAAAAAUGGAGAGGAUUUAAUCUAAAUUGUAGAUGCUUCUUUAAAUUGGCAGAAGUUUUGGCAGAAUUUGUGUCAAAUUACUAAAAAAUUAAUGAUGUCAUUAAGGAUGUGAUUUACAAUAAGGUUUUUGAAUAAAUCAUUGAUGAUUAACUUGGAGAGUUCUAGACACAAUAUGAGGACAACAUCUAAAAAUCAAUUAUACCUAUUUUACCUUCUAUUGAAAUUUAUCAAUUGCUAUUUCAAGAAAGGAUGAAGAUAUAGGAAAAUGUUUUUGAAGAUAUGCAUAUGUUUAAAGAACUCUCUUAUUUCAAGUUGAAAUACUCGUAAUUCUUAACCAAAAUCGAUCAAUUCGAAAAUGAAUACAUUAUUUUUAAUAAAGAAAUUAUUGAGUGUUUUCAAUCCAAAAAGAUCACAGACUAUUUGAAAGAUGUGUAUUACAGUAAAAUAUUCGAUUAAACACUUUUGACCACACAAAACAUCUAAAGUGAAAUUUCAGAAAUUUUUAUCAAAUUAUUUAGCAUCUUUACAGAGUAUCUUGCGAAACAUAACUACGACUAACUCAUUAUGUUUUUUAAUAAAACAUAUAAGACCUUCCUUACAGAUACUUUAGAGAAAGUAGUAAGUGUACAUGAAAAAGAGCUAAACAAAGAUUUUGCAAAUUUAAUUGAACUGAUUGAUUCUUUGCAUUUCUAAAGAAACAUUAUUGAAGAAAAAGCAUUGUAUCUGUCAGACUAUAUGGAAAUAAUUAAAAAAGAGAUACAAAACAUGGAAAAAAUAGUAGAAAACAUGACUCAUUUAAAUGAUAAAUUAAUGCCUAAUUAUAAACAAUCUCAAUUAUAUUAGGCUUAAUUACAUUAAUUGGAAGUGACAAAUUUUAAAUAUAAACUUAUAAUUUAAAAGGAAAUGUAAAAAGCUGUAAAGAAAGAGAAAAAAUUAAAGAAAAUCUAAUGA